GGUAUAUGUACGUAGAUGAUGUGUAUAUCAUAUGCUGCGUCGGACAAAAUGGCCAUCAGCCAUAGUAACCACAUGUUCGUAUCUCUGGCGUUUGUUUUCUGCCUCCUGUCGUCGCUUGCUCGUGUCUCGGAUUCGUACGAUUACACCGACUCGAGGCUGCUCGGGAAGAAGCUCGCGGUUUCAAAGCACAGGAACAACACUCAGCGGUUACCGAAUUACAGCUGGAAACCGCCCGACAAGUACCAUGGCCCGAGGAAAGAAUCGACAGAGAAGAAAGCGGGGAUGGAAUUUACAAAACCCGAGGAUCCGGAACAAAGCGUGGCGGAUCCGCGGAUAAAGAAAAUGCAGGAGAUAAGACGACAGGAGAGAGAAAAAUGGGCAGGGCACAAAAGAAACGAAAACGGGGAACUCGUCCUCGACAAUGUCGAAGAAACUACGAAAGCGAGCGAACUUAGGAGCGAUGAAUCGAUCACGAUGUCAGUUCUUCCGGAAAAUACGGAAUCUAAUGGAAACGGCAAGGAAGACUCGGGGACUUCUGAGGAUCUGCUUCAAAGAAGUGAGAAAUCGCCGAAUGAGACUAUCGAUGCUUCCACCGAGAGGAAACUCGCGCAUCACCCACCGGUGCAUCAAAGCAAUGCGAGCGUGAAGGCUUCUCAAAAUUCAUCCGAGUUAAAUCCGAGUCAAUCCACGAGUGCUAGCUCAUCCAACGAGAAGUUCAGUAGCCACCGCUGGGGUAUAAGCGUGAGGAAACCGCCCGCGGGGUUCCUCCGGGAUGCGUACGCGGCUCAUCAGCGCGACAAGAACAACAAGAAGGUGUCCGGGAAGAAGCGCGAGCCCGAGAAGAACCGUCUGCUCGGCUCCGCGGCGGAUUCGCAUUCCGAACAGCAGCCGACCUCGCGUCGAUCGAAGGGUCGGAAUAGCCCCAAGAGACACAAAAGUUCGCACGGAAAUUUGGAAAAAAUCCCGAAAGAACGGAGGAGUCACCGUCCCCAGGAACACCCUGUGAAGGAGCACCUGAGACAAUCCGGUCCACCUCGAGAUGACAGCGAGGAAGGCAGCGAGAACUGCGACGAAGAGGAGGAGGAAGGAGAUGAGAAGGAUGACGGCGAGAGGGUCGUAACGGCGAGCUCGUUGACGCGGAAGAGUGAAGAGGAGGAGACGGAUGACACGAGGGGAAAGGUCGUGAUCGAGAAACCGCUGAAUCAUAGAAGAUCGUUUCAACCUGGUAGAUGGGGCAUGAGCGUCUCGUCGCCGCCCGCGGAAUUUCUGAGGAACGUCUCCCGACGAGGGAUGCAUCGGAAAACUAAGGAGCAUACCGGCGGCAAGAAGGAGGACGGAAGGGUCCAUCGGACUGAUCGAUGGGACGUGAGCGUCUCCUUCCCGCCAGGCAAGGAAUUCCUCGAGGAUAUUCCGCUGAAGCCGCCACGAGCAGGAGAAGGACACGGACGCUCGACCGUGAAAACUAGGUCAAGGCUGGGCGAAGUCAAAGGAUCUUCCGGCGAUCGAUCGCCAGCUUCUCAAAGGCGACCGGAUUUGCGAACAAACCUGACGCAGCAAUCGAUGACUGAUGAGCGCGGUAAUGAGGAGCUCGCGAGUGACGCGUUUGGAAAAGCUCCAGGCGAUCCUGAUCGUCCCGCGGAUCGACGGGAAAGCGAUCGGGGAGCUCGCCAGGCGAGCGUUGAUUUUAAUAAUAAUCCGUUUCCGAGGAGCACGAUUCUGUUUCGAGAGAUCGUGGCUUCGUGGUCCAACAUCGAUUUCGGGUCGGACUCGGCGGCAGAUAUGCCGGCGCCUUAUCGCGGACGAGUUCGAUUCUUUCAUUUGCCCUUGAAAUAAUUGCUCCCUCGUUCACCUUGCCUUGCCGUUAUAUCGCACACACACAGAGCAUUUUUCUCGAAAUUAUAAAACGAAAAUAUAAAUGUUGUUAAUAGAGGAAAUACCAUAAUAGGUUACGCUGACAAUGAGGAGAAGAUUUAUCAAAAUGAGUUGACAAAACGAAAAUUUAGUGUAAACCAAACAGUAAACCAAAGUUUAGUGAAAGUGAAAUGAAGCAAAUGUUGGGUAAUUGCAACCAGAAAAUUUCAUUGUCGCUUGUGUGUGUUUCGCUUUCUCACUGAUACGUCCUACUUGACACAAGUAAAGAACAUGGUAAUGCCAAUCAAAUCGUACGUACCAAAUAUUUUAGUUUCAAAUACAAAAAUAAUUUCUUUAGAAUAUAUUUAUAAUGUAGAAAAUUUCGAAUAUGGAAAGCUUAGAAAGCAAAGAAUAAAAUUGUACGCACGCAUACAAAAAAUAUUCUACACAGUGUAUUCAAGUAAAUGUUCCUUGCUUCAAGUAUACCAUAAAUUUAUAUAUCCACAAAUCUAUCAUAAGCUUUCAUCGUAACCAUUAAAUUUAACAUAUAUUCUAGUAAGUUUAGCAGUUUGAUGAAGAAUAUCAAAUGAAAAUAAAAAUUCUAUUUGCUUACUACAUAGAGUCGAAGCAACUCUUUCUUUUAUAAAGGUUUUUAAUAUUCACGUCAAAAAAAAUAAUAAAUUCUUUUUCUUGAGUACAUGACAAUGAGCUUUUCUAAAAUUUGUGAAAAAAUAUAAUAAUUAUAAUAAUUUAUAGUAAUUUUACAUAAAAAAUAAAAGAAUACAAUUUAAGACUACUAUCAAGAAACUAUGAACUAUUCUGGAUCAUAAAUAAAAAUUAUUUUCAUACAUUACAUUUUAACAAAAGCUUGUUUUAUAUUAAAUUGUUGAAGUUGCAAAAAGUUGUCGAAGAUAAUCAUUACUUGAGAGAUGAGGAGUAAAUAGAGUAUUUCGUUUUUUUUUUAGCAGUGAAAUGAUAUCUUUUUAUGUGCAGAAGUAAUUUUUCCCAAAAAGUAUGGGACUUUUUCAAUAAUUUCGAAACGCACGUUUGAAGAGAAAUUUCCAUACACGAACUACAUCUUUCACAUACGUCAUGCAUUGCUUGAAUACUGAGUUAACUCGACAAUUGAACAAACCAAAUGCGUUUUGGUCGAGGGAAACAGAAUAGCUGAUGGUCUCAGAAAUCGGAUUAGAUUCAUAAGGAGCAAAAAUUGUUUUCUUCGACCAAAAAUCAAUUAAACAAGUUUAUUUGUGCAGCAGUUUCUUUGCGAACGAUGACAAGCAAUGCGACGCGACUGGCACGAUUACAACUGCUCAGAAGAGCGGAAUGAAUAUUCCUUCUUUCUACAAUUCUCACAGACACGCAUACAAACACAAUACACUGAGAAAUAGAUUUUAUUGUCGAAAAUGAAAAUCUGGUACACCGGACCAUAUAAUUGGCUUAAAAUACGGGACCCGUAAAAUAUACGAUUAAAUGGAAUCAACGAAACUUGAUAAUUGUAAUGACAAAAUUUAAUUGCCGCCUUGCAUAUUUCGUUUUCUCAAUAAUACUUGACACAAGCGCAAAAAUGUAAUACCAACCGGGCCAUAUGUACCAAAUAUUUUAAUUCAAAAUACAAAAAUAAUUUUUUCAGUGUAA